CAAUAUGGCGCCCGCACCGACGUAUCACUUAUAACCGGAGAUGUAGGGGCUUUUACUUUGAAGAGCAAUUACCGGAAACGCCUUUGUGUUUCAGAGCAUGUGAUUGUGUGCGGAGCAUGCAGUUGAUUGUCAAUGCUUAAGCGGCUCAGCAGUGGUUCUGUCGGUCUGUGUGGGUACAGCCAGGCUUUAAACAACUUUUUUCAUUAGCAGCAAAGCUGUUUUCUACAUUUGCUAUAAUGUAUCGAGCGGUAGCAGCUUCUCAGCUUACCCGUAAAACAGCCCGUAAGCACACAAAUUAACCCAGCUGGUGAGUAAUGGUAGCUACAUUUCAAACGCACACGAGAGGCUAGCUAAUAAAUGUCCUGACUCCUUCAAAAAAGAGACAUAAAAUGCGAAACGCUGUCUUAAAAAAGUCUGUUUAUACCGGCUGGUUAAUUAAUAACGAACCUUUUAGUUGACUAGCCUCCUAGACAAGGUCAAACAUUUAAAAAUAGCUACCAAUAGCUAACCAAUUUGUGUGACACUAAAGCAGAGCAGAGCUUUGAUUUGUUUAUUAGCUUCUAUCCUUCAGUUUAAAAUCCUCCCAGCGUGUUUUGGAGGAAGUCGUCGUUGCUGACGGUCCAGGAACAGAUGACAUUUAAAUAGUUGGAUAUAAGUAGGCGGCGUCGGUGUGCCUGUUUGACAGGUUCGCCGCUGAGCACAACCGAACGGGACGUGAUUUUCAGGUAAUUUUUUCCCCCCUCCCUGUUGUUCAAGUUGCGUCGAUUUUUCUCCGGCCACCUCAGGAUGCUGGCAGCCACCUGGGUGGGGCUGACGCGGACCACAGAGACCAGGAGCUGAUCUCGGGGAUAAGCCAAACCGAGCCGGAUCGCUACUCCCCCCCCGCCCCCCUUUUUCGUUUCUUUGAAAGCACAGCGGGCGGCUUUCAAAAGGGUGAAAGCAGUCACCCAAUCAGCCAUGACCAAGUCCGAGUCGAAGAGAAGCGGCGCGUCCGCCGGCAAGAGCGCCAGCGCCGCAUCCGCCGCCGAGCAGGUCAACAACGGCUCGUUUGAUGUGGGCUUCCCGGAGCCGAGCCCCGCAGGAAAAGCCAAGGUGCUGAAGCAGACGUCCAAGGAGAGCCUCCACCGGAGAAUCGCGGAGUGCGAGGUGUACGACGACGGGACCAACACCUUUUUCUGGCGAGCCCACACCCUGACGGUGCUGUUCAUUCUGACCUGCGCCCUGGUCUACGUCACGCUGCUGGAAGAGACGCCUCAUGACACAGCCUACAACACUAAAAGGGGCAUUGUGGCCAGCAUCCUGGUUUUCCUCUGUUUUGGGGUAACACAGGCCAAAGAUGGACCCUUCACCCGACCCCAUCCAGAUGUGAAAGCACUUCAAACACUUCGCCCACAACAAAAUAACCUCAACAACAACCCGCUGAGUGCUGUGGCUCCCCGUUUAUUUGCAUGUACAACCGGUAACAGACAUGCAGUCGCACAGGAAGCGGGUUUAGCCACCGGAGGAGCUGAURAGAAGGCUGCCGGGCCGGUUCUGGGAACUGGGUUUGAACCUGGAGUCUUCAGGGAAACUGUCGGAGAAGAAAACUUUGAGCAGAAUCACCCAUCAAUCAUCGACUCUGUCAUCAGCAGCCGGAGAAACUCGUUCAGCCGCACGCAGGUUGAUGCUUGA